GACUUCAGCAAGGUGCGGAGCACGCUCCACUCCUGCGCGCGCGACUGGAGCGACGAGGGCGCCGCGGAGCGCGCGGCGUGCUACGGGCCCCUCGUGGACGAGCUGCGCGCGCGCCUCCCGGUCGACGACGGCAACCGGAACCGGCAGCGGAUCCUGGUGCCGGGCGCGGGCCUCGCGCGGCUCGUGCUCGAGGUCGCCGCCGCGGGCUACGGCGCCCAGGGCAACGAGUUCAGCUACCACAUGCUCCUCGUGUCCAACUUCAUCCUCAACAGCCACCUCGACCCGCGGUCCGUGGCGUUGUACCCCUACGUCGACCAGCCGUCGAACGUCAAGCAGAGCGGCGACCGGCUCCGCGCCGUGCGCAUCCCCGACGUGUCCCCCGACGCGCUGCUCCACGGCGCGCCGCCCUGCGACGCGCCCGUGGACUUCUCCAUGGCCGCGGGCGAGUUCCUCGAGGUCUACCGGGGGCAGGACGGCGAGUGGGCCGGCGUGCUGAGCUGCUUCUUCGUGGACACGGCGCCCGUGGCCCUCGAGUACGUCGACGCCAUCUUCGACCUCCUCGAGCCCGGGGGCUACUGGAUCAACCUGGGCCCCCUGCUCUACCACUGGGUGCCGUCGUCGUCCGCGGACCUCGAGGGCGCGGGCAUGGACGACCGCUACGCGCAGUCCAUCGAGCUGAGCUGGGAGGAGCUCAAGCACGCCAUCGAGGCGCGGGGCUUCGAGCUCCUCAACGAGGAGUGGCGCCACUGCACCUACACGGCGAACGCGCGGUCCAUGAUGAACACGGACUACGAGUGCAUCUUCUUCACGGCCCGGAAGCCCCUCACCUAA